AUUUAUGAACACGAGAACAAACAUUGAUAGAUAACCAAAAAAAAAGUAUGAAGAUGUCUCCAAAAUCUGACUCAGACAUGACAAGCUUCGACCUAUCAUCAUCACCGAAGCGUCCCACUUACUUCGUCCAAAGCCCAUCACGUGACUCCGACAAGUCUUCCUCCGCGGCACUAACUCACCAAACCACUCCGACAGAGUCUCCGUCACACCCAUCGUUUGCUAGCCGCAUCUCCGGUGGCGGUGGAGGAGGAUUCCGGUGGAAAGGGCGGAGGAAAUAUCACGGCGGAAGAUGGCCGCCGGGUGAUAAGGAGGAGGAAAGUGGUGAUGGUCGGUACGAGGAUCUUUAUGGAGACAACAGAGGAAUCUCAAUCGCUACUUGUAGACUUGUUUUGGGAGUUGUAGCGACAUUGACUCUCUUCUUUCUUAUAUGUUCUGUUCUCUUUGCGGCUUCUCAAUCGUCCUCCCCGAUCGUCUACGUCAAGGGUGUGAAUGUGCAUAACUUUUACUACUGGGAAGGUUUAGACAACACAGGAGUUCCUACAAAGAUCAUGAACAUCAAAUGUUCAGUGCAGAUCACAACACACAAUCCUUCUACAUUCUUCGGCAUUCACGUCAGCUCCUCUCCUAUAAAACUCAUCUACUCUCGUCAAUUCACAUUUGCCACUGCUCAGCUAAAUAGUUAUUACCAACCAAAACAAAGAAACCACACAUCUAGGAUCGACCUCAUUGGCUCCAAGGUUCCACUCUACGGUGCAGGAGCGGACAUAGCUGCUUCAGACAACAAUGGCGGAGUUCCCUUGAAGUUGGAGUUCGAGAUCCGAUCACGUGCUAAUAUUGUCGGAAGCUUAGUCAAGUCUAGGCAUAGGAAACAUCUCUCUUGCUUCUUCCUCAUCUCCUCCAACACCACAUUUGUAAAAUUCACCCACAAGACUUGUAGUUAAAC